AUGACAGAUUUAGUUGACACUCUUCUUAAUGCUGAUGAGGCAAUUAAUGCAGAAGAAUAUAAACAAGCAAUAAAAGAAUAUAGUAAAGAAGUAUUAAAUGAUAAAGAAAAAGAAUCACACAUUAAAUUAACUAAAAAACGUAUUUAUGCUUGUUUUCGUGAUGAAAAAUAUCAUGAUGUGUUAUUGGAUAUUGAAAAAUUAAAAGAACUCGACGUGAUAGUUGAAGAUGAUCAAAAUCUAUCUUCUAUUGAUUUUGAAAGUCGUUUUCGUACAUAUUUAUUUAAGUGUGUUGAAGAACUUGAACUUCAAGAAAAUAAAUGUAAGAAAAAAACGUCUUGA